AUGGCGUCGGAGUCUAACUAUGCUGAUUUAGUUGAGCAAUAUAAACGUGAUGGCUUUGUUAUUAUAAGAAAUAUCUUAGAUACCAAUUUAAUUCAUGAAUGUCAACAGCAUAUUGAACAUUUACAACGAAAAUAUCCGGAUAUACCGAGUGAACAUUAUCAUCAUAUUAUGAUGAGAAAUGAUCCAUUUUGGAUACGUUUAGUUUCUGAUAAACGAUUAUUGGAUCUGGCAACAGUAUUUGGUUCACCAUUUAUACAAGAAAAAGAAGGGGUUGCUUUAUUUUCAUCGCAUUAUUUUUGUAAGCCGCCAAAGACAGGAAUGGCUGUACUAUGGCAUCAGGAUGGUUCAUACUGGCCACUGAGACCGAUGAACGUAUUAACAAUGUGGUUGGCUAUUGAUGACAGUGAUACAGAAAAUGGUUGUCUGAGAGUUAUAAGAGGUAGCCACACUAAUGAAUUAGCACAAUUAAAAGAUGAUGUAUCAAUCGUCAAUGUGCUAGGCAGUUACACACACAGAGAUGAAGAUAUUGAUCAAAGUAAAAUUGUGGAUCUUGCUCUGAGUUGUCUUGUCAUCGGUACACCGCACGAAGCGCGAAAAUAUAUUUCUCCAACAACCCAAUGUUUAGACCCAAAACAGCCUGUAAUGAUGAUGCGGGGUUCACCUAUAGAUGGUAUUAAUACAUAUCAUAGUUGGCCAAAGUAUCGUUCAGGUUAUGAUUUGCCAUUUGAUGGAUGCGAAACGUGGAAUGAGAAAAGAAAGAUUGUUGAUGAAGAUGAAGAAUAUUUUCAAAGAAUUGAUUACAAUGUAAUGGAAAAUGAAAUUAAAACUGAUUUAUUUGAAUUUAUUUCUAAAUUAGGUGGAAAGAAAGCUGCGAGUUGUUGUGAAGAAAGAAUUCCGUUUGGUCACUCAUUUUUCUUAAAAUAA